UAUGCAUUCGUCAACGAGACAAAACUUCCUUCCACUCUUCAUCAUUUGCAUCCUCUCUUUCGUUUCCCGUUCAUAUCCCCGGGUAUAUCCUGACGCAUCCCGACAAAACCAGCUGAAACCCGAUAAUUAUGGUUCUGCUUCUGAUGUCGAGUUCUUCUUUUUCGACCAGAAUCUCGACCACUUCACAUACACACCAGAAAGCUAUACCACAUUCCGACAAAGAUAUGCCAUUGACUUCAGCUAUUGGGGUGGUGCUAAAACUAACUCCCCCAUUCUCGCUUAUCUUGGAGCUGAAUCUCCUAUGGAUUCAGAUUUGAGCGUUGUAGGUUUUCUUCGUGACAAUGGCCUUCAUUUCAAAGCUCUCCUGGUUUAUAUAGAGCAUAGAUAUUAUGGAGAAUCAAUGCCGUUUGGAUCCGCAAAAGAAGCUUUGAAGAACGCAACUACUAUGGGAUAUUUCAACACAGCACAAGCUCUCGCCGAUUAUGCCGAAAUUCUCAUGCACAUUAAGGAUAAGUAUGCAACCAAACAUUCCCCUAUCAUCGUCAUCGGUGGAUCCUACGGUGGAAUGUUAGCAACGUGGUUUAGGUUAAAAUACCCACAUGUAGCAAUUGGAGCAUUGGCUUCUUCUGCUCCUCUUCUCUACUUCGAAGAUACUGUUCCAAAAUACGGUUAUUUCUACGUCGUAACCCAAGUAAUAAAGAAAACAAGCCAAACAUGCUACGAAACGAUCCGCAAAUCUUGGGAUGAUAUUGAUAGAGUGGCUUGGCACCCCAAUGGUCUUUCUAUCCUUAGCGAAAAAUUCAAGACUUGCGCCCCAUUGAAUCGAAGUUCUGAUCUCAAAGAUUACUUAGAAUCGAUGUACUCACUGGUGGUACAAUACAACGGACUUCCAUAUUAUUCGGUUGACGCGACAUGCAAAGCUAUUGAUUCCGAAUCCCCGAAAGAUACAGAGGACUUGCUCGAUCGAAUUUUCGCAGGAGUUGUUGCUCAAUUUGGCAACCAAGUUUGCUAUGAUAUUUCAAUUGGUUCUCCACCUACAAACAGUGAACUCGCUUGGAUGUGGCAGAUUUGUAGUGAGCUAGUGAUGCCUAUAGGACUUGACAAGCAAGAUACGCUGUUUCAAACAAAUCCGUUUAAUAUGAGUGAUUACACAUCCAAAUGUGAAAGUAUGUAUGGCAUCUCUCCACGUCCACAUUGGAUCAGUGCCUACUAUGGGGGUGAGGAUUUUAAAUUAAGUCUCCGAAGGUUUGGGAGCAAUAUCAUUUUCUCCAAUGGAUUGUCCGAUCCGUACAGCGUUGGCGGAGUAUUGGAGGAUAUUUCGGAUACUAUAUUGGCCGUCAAGACAAAUGGUUCUCACUGUAUGGAUUUGGUCUUCGAGACAAAAGAAGAUCCGAAGUGGCUGGUCUUGCAAAGGCAAAAAGAAGUCGAAAUAAUCGAUUCUUGGAUUUCUAUUUACCAAAAUGAUCUUAAGUUAGAAGCAUAAUUUAAUAUGAACUAUCUACUUAUCUGCAAAUGUUGUUAUCCGC